AUGAGCGAUUUGUGCUUGAGUUAUAAGAAUCAAGUGAGUAUGUGUUCACAACGCUAUUCAGAAAGUCGAACUAUACACGAAGAAACUCGUCGAGGAAAUGAUCAAUUCAAUGCACCGUUCAGUCAACGUGUGUCGGUCCCUAUUGAACGUUCAAUAAACAGUUUUAAUAAUACUCCUAACGAACAACGUGUACAGGAACGUAUUCGCAAUCAUGACACGAGUGUACAAUGGGUGAAUGAUCCAAUCAGCGGUCAAGAGAAAUUUCGAGUCCAUAUUAAUAUUGAAGGAUUUAGUCAAAAUGAAGUGAACAUCCGUGUCGAUGGAAAUAAGUUGGUCGUCUAUGGCGAACAUAUUGAAAAUCAUAAUGACAGUACAGCCAAAAAGAUUAUUGAAAAAUCGUUUGAAUUACCUCGUGAUGUUGAUUCACAUAGUCCGCAUGUAACAUUUCCAACGACAACAAAAAUGCAAGUUGAUUUUUCAUCACGUCAUUCGAACGUGUUGAUCGACGAUGGUCGAACAUCGUCGAAAUUCUUAUCAAAUUAUGACAUAUCUCAACGACCAACACCAGGAAUUACACAGCAACGAAGUUCAACCGAAUACACAUCGACAAGACGACUCGGUGGUGGUACUACGAAUACUUACGAACGAAUUCCAAGUCCACCGCGUACUUCAACUUUUGACCGACCAUUUGGUAACAGUGACUUCGGUCGUAAUACUACCAAUACGUAUUCAUCGACAGAUUCGAUCAACCAACCGAGUAAGCCAACAUAUACAUAUCGCGUCUCAAGAAACUAUUCGCCACCGCGAACAACAUUUCCUUCAUCGACACGUGGUGAUUUCGACAAUGUAACAGAACAAACAUUUACCGAAACACACCGUGAAACACAUCACCGUCGUUCAAGUCCAACAUCGGGCGUUCAAUCCUCUCAUGAAGUUGAACACCAUCGUUCUGGUAGUCCAUCGAUAGCUAAAGGUCUCGAUGAAGACCGCUUUCGCACAAGCCUUAGUCUUGGCGGUCGAAAUUUAUCACCAGCAUCAUCACGGAAUCUUGAAGUGCGCGAAUUUUCACGACGUAUUGGAAGCGGUCAAAGCGAUCAAAAGAAUGAUCGAUUUCCUAGUAGUGAUACGUCAUUAUUUGCUCGUGAUUUCAAUACGGAAGCAUUUUAUCGAAGUGCAUUUCAACCGCAAAUCUACACCGAUGAUCGCGGUCAGAAAUGUAUUGAAAUGAAACUUGACGUAAAUAACUAUCAACCCAAUGAAAUCAAAGUCUCGGUUAAUGGCAAUGAUCUUAUUGUUCAAGCUGAACAUAAUAUUGAACGACCACCUACAUCAUCGACACGAGCAUAUUUUUACAAACAAAUAACCUUACCAUCAAAUACGGAUUUCUCUAGCUUAGCAUCGCAAUAUCAUCCCGAUGGUAAGCUUCAUAUCACUGCAAAAUUAAUGCAAGAGCAAUCAUCGAUUAGAUAUAAUUAA